AUGACCGCCGACGCGACCGCGACCGCGGCGAGGAGGACGACCGUCGAGGCCGCUACCGCUCUGCGCCUCGUGGGUCUAAGGAUCAAGACAGCUAAGGAGCUUGUGGAACAAUGCGAUCAAGUCGACAUCGACUUCGACGACCUUAAAGCUAACCACCCUCGCGGCGCUAAAGCUGCAUCCGCUGCCGCACUCGACGUCGAUAAGAGCAAUAAAGAGCGAGGUUUAAAGCGAGGCGGCGGCUCUCGCUCGUCUACCUCGGCGACUACUGCCGCUUCCUCCGCGACUAACCCGAGGAGGCAUGUGCUGGCAGAUAAGUAUCUUAACCUUCCGCGCCUGACAGACGCCGACCGAAAGCGUUUUUAA